CUUCACCUGGUGCGAGCUCGACCAAUUCAACGUCUUCCAGCCCUUGUACUUUAGCCCUCACUCUUCACCCUCUUCUAAAUUAUCAUCAAUCCUUAAGAAAGCAACAGAAAGCACAUCUCGGCGGCCGAAUUCUCCCGUGUCUGCCCCUCCAGCAACAAUGUUCUCCCGAAGCGUCCUGAGGUCAACAACGGGCUUAACCCCACCUUGCUCCUUCGCUUCUCGUCCCCUCUCCUCUGUCCUCAAUUGCAAUCAGUCCUCUUUCCUCUCUCUUCGUCCAUUCCAUCAAACAGCUUCCAAUAUGUCCGGAAACACCAAGGCUUUCUUCGACGUCCAGUACGCCCCUGUGGGCUCCAGCGCCCCCAAGACGGCCCGCAUCGCCUUCAACCUCUACGAGAAGGACGUCCCCAAGACCGCUGCCAACUUCCGUGAGCUUUGCAAGAAGCCUCAGGGUGAGGGCUACAAGGGCUCCACCUUCCACCGUGUCAUCCCCCAGUUCAUGCUCCAGGGUGGUGACUUCACCCGCCACAACGGCACCGGUGGCCGCUCCAUCUAUGGUGAGAAGUUCGCCGAUGAGAACUUCAUCCACAAGCACACCAAGCCCGGUAUCCUCUCCAUGGCCAACGCUGGUCCCAACACCAACGGCUCCCAGUUCUUCAUCACCACCGUCGUGACCUCCUGGUUGGACGGCAAGCACGUCGUCUUCGGCGAGGUUGCCGACGACGCUUCCUUCCAGAUCGUCAAGGAGAUCGAGGCUCUUGGCUCUAGCAGCGGUGCUAUCCGCUCGAACGUCAAGCCCACCAUCGUGGACUGUGGUGAGCUGUAAAUUGCCCAACGGAAAAGGAAUUUUUUUUUCUCGUCAGAUUGAUUUGCGUCUCUGAUCCAUUGCCCUUGUUGCUCGGGAGAUUGGAAACAUUUUUUCUGAUCUUUUCCGAAUGAUGAUGGCGAUGACGGUCGGUCUGUAUCCUUGGGUGGUGUAAUCUAGAGUGUCUCCCGAUAUAUUAGCAUCUCACCAUCA